ACGCGAGAGUCGCUCGUAGAGCACAACAGCAACACAAAGCCACCAAGAAAAAAUAGGUAGAUCCAGAAUUCACAAGACUUGCCUGUAUUGUACUGUAGUUGAAGGCCUGGGUUGCGUAUCAUACUGGUUUAGCUUGUAUCAUUGCUCUCCAGCAGAGUGCAUUAGUGUGAUUCCUGAAUCAGAAGAAGAGAUUUGACAAGAUUGGCCGUUGAUUUAUUAUCCAUUAUCCAGCUCCAGCGGUAGCAUUCUUCUUUCGAUUGGAUUUUGACCAUGGCGGACAACCCCUUUGACAUAUUUCAGCAGCCGGCACCUCCCAAUGGUGUACCCAACAUGAUGUAUCAGCAGCAGCCGCAGCAGCAUGCUCCUAUGCAAGAUCAGGGUUAUGGAAUGCCACAGCCACCUACGCAGCAACCUCCACCUCCUCCACAGCAGCAGCAAUAUCCACCGCAACAACAAGUAGACCAGUUUGGACAACCACAACAAGUAGGAUACAGCAAUGCACUGGUUCCUGCAGCACAACCCUCCAAUCCUUAUGCUGGGAUGGUGGCCCCUCAGCAGCAGCAACAGCAGAUGCAUCAGCAGCCAGUUCCCAACGGUAACCCCGCGUAUUCACAGCCCGGCAUGGGUCAAGCGCCACCAGAUCCCUGGGGCCCUCCUCCCCCGCAGCAGCAACAGCAUCAGAAUCCAUUUGAGCAGCAAAACCAGGGAUACGGGGAAAUGCCGCCAAAUCAUCAUCCUGCACCGGCAUCACCUCCCCCGGUAUCGACACCACCACCGGCUUCUCAUCGUCCUCCCCCCAUGGAUAUUGUGCCAGCUCCCAGCAGUGGUUACCCAGGAGCCCCGCCACCACCUCGUCCGGACGAAACACAUACUCCCACGGGAGCCGAAGCCCGCAAUAAGUAUAGUGGCGAAUUGUCGCAAAAUGCUCCCAUGGGAGCAUCGCCUCUCCCUCGCGCGGACAUGGUCCAAAAGACGGGCUUUGUUCUGUCUCGCAUUUCCUUUCGUACCAUUGUCAUGAAAAAAUGGAAACAGAGUUUUUGGGUACAGUACGGUCCUCACACUAUGCUCUGGUUCCGAUCGAAACACGACUUUGACGAUUGGCUCAACAAUCCCUACCAUACUCAAGCCCAACGCAAUUUCAUCAUCAAGUUGGCCGUCAAUUUUGCUCACGACCUCUACAAGCCUAAUGUGCGUGGAUAUCAAGUCACGCAAUGUCGAACCAAAUCGUAUGGGACCAAAUUGAUUCGACAGUUCAAGCUAGAACGAUGGAUGGAUUACGGACCCACUAUUGCGGCCGCGUUUGGAUCGAAUAACCCCAAAGAAGUCGAUGAACUGCGUGAAGCAUUGGUGGCUUGCAUGAGGAAUACGCCACUCAAUGGCGGCAUUCGAGCCACAGGUGCGGUACGAGAACGAGCCAAUUCUGGUGAUGCGGCAGAAGGGAGGGGGAACAUGACGGCAGAGGGAGGUGUAGGUUAUGAUUCAGCCUCGUAUGCAGGGCACCAAAAUGUGGGUCGGCAAGCGAGCAGGUCGGUUGCCUCUGCGAGUGAACUAGGAAUGGACAACAAAGGAGGAGGGUUUGCGGACGACUCGGACCAUUACCAUACUACGGGAGUAAUGCCUGAUGCAGCACCGGCCCCUGACUUGUUGGACUUUUCAGACCCAAUUCCACAGGCACCACCACCACCACAGCAGCAGCAAGCUCCGUGGAAUCCGCAGCAGCAGCAACAACAGCAGCAGUAUUACGGACAGGCUCCUCCUGCGCAACAACAAGGGCAGUAUCCAGCGCAGAACUAUCCCAUGCAACAACAGCAAAUGCCAGUUCACCAACAACAACAGCAAAUGCCGGUUCAGCCUCAACAACAGAAUUUUGGUCCACCCCCGGUUCAGCAGCAGGCUCAGUAUCAGGCUCAAGCCUUUGGUUAUUAAUAAGUAAGGGCACAGUCUAGGUAACUGAUAGUAUAGCACUGCAACUCCUGUUUCAAAAUAUUGUGCUGCAUACAGAUUGGCUCAAAGAUUUAGUGUGAUCAAGAACACGAGAAAUUUCCCAAGUAUAUUUUUAUUAUGCACAUGCGAAUUCAAUCCCAUAGUGCAUCCUUCCAUCCUUUGGUUGUUGGCGUGAUUGCUCCGCAAACCUUUGGCCCCCGAUUGCACUGUUCCUAGUCCUUACUUCCCACUCUUCUUCCCCAAGGCGUCGCCCUCACUGGUUUCCAUCAAUAACCUCACUGCUCUUUUUUUUUAAAUAUACCCUCGUAGGUCAAAGUUCAUUCGUGUCAGUUUUGACCUGGAGUCAAAAUGACCCUCUUUGACUGGCCAUAACGAUCUUCGCGCGCACGGUGCACCGCUCGUUACAACUCGAUAAAGAGCUCAAGUCAAAAAAUAACAGACUUAAGGGUUAGCUAUCUAAGACAUAAGUACCGGUAGUUAAAGCAGAACGCUAGCUCCUUCAGUUCGCGCCCUCUUUAUACUAGUAGGCCUAACUCUAGUGGUUCCGU